GAAUCGCAAACUUUUAACGCCCAAAACACCUAAAAAACCCAACAUGCUCGUAAGGUUCAAAUUGAUUUAGAUAUUUGUAAACAUUAAACAUUAAAUUCAUUAAGUAAAGGGUGUUUAAUCUAAAUAAUUAAUAAAAUCAAAAGUCAACAUGCUCAACCUUCAGCAGAUAUCAAAAGCAGAUCCAAUUCUUUUGCCUACACUUUUAAAUUCAUUACAAGAUAAUCGUGUUUUUAAAAAGGUCGAGUAUCGUGAAUCAUUCAUUAAGAAUAUAAAUACUCUGUUAACUUUGAGAGAGUCAAGGAAAAGUGCGUUAUCCAUUUUAAAUAUCUUCUGUGAUCAUCACACAAUAGUUAAUUCACCGGCUACUGAAAAGACAUGCCCAGAAAUAAGUUGGAUAAAUCAUCUUUUAAAGAUCAUCGAACAGGAUCAACAUAGUCAUAUUGUAUGCUUCCAAGUUUUGACAAAACUGAUGAGGAUCUUGUCAGGAAAUCCAGACACAAACAAAAUUAUUCAAUCGAAAUACAUUCAGAAAAUCAUUGAAUCGAUCUUAGGAUGCUCAGCUUCCCCAAUUCCAGCAUUAACAUGUCUUGCAACAUGCUUCGAACUGCAUGGUGGAACCAGUGGCAUUUAUAAGAAUAAAAUUUAUGAUUAUUGUGUGUCAUUUAUCGAUUUUCCUGAUGAUGGAAUAAUUGAAAAAGUCGGCCUUUGUCUUCAUCUUCUUCAACAAUCAAGAGGAGGAAGUGUAGGUGGUGGUGUUUAUAAAAAGUGCUGGGCAGAAUAUCAUGAUAAAACUAUUGGAUCUCUGGAAGAGCUUCUAGAAGAAAUCAUGAAGAAAAGUAGUGACAAAAAUGAUGUUGGAAAAUCUGGAAAACUUCAAUUACCGGAAUUGAAAUUGUCACCACAACCAUUUAACAGAUACACGCAACUAUUCAUUCGCUUUCAAAAUAUUAUGACUUUCUUACGUGUUAGUUUAAUUAAACCUUUCACAACAUCAAAAUCAAUUAAGAUAAGUCGGAUUCUUUCAUUGAUUGAAGAUGGAAUCAUGAUGAGUCAAGGACUGAUUGGUAAGAAAGCAAUCGCUGAAAGUCUCGUGUUAUCAUUGAUUCAUAGCCGUCUUCAUCUUAAUUUGCUUGAUCUUCUUAACACUUUAAUGGUGGUGUUAAAACAAAACAUCAUCACAUACUCGAAGAAUAUUAGUGAUAUCCUUUGGAGAUGUUUGAAGCAAACGAGCAACAAUGAACAACAAAAGUUUGAAACAAAUUUGAAACUUCGAGCUGCAACUUAUGAUGCUUUCAUAAAUUUCAUGAAAAUUUCACCAAAUAAUUUUCACUUCAAAAAUGUUAUGGAAAAUAUAAUGAAAGAAGCUUUUAUCGAUGUGACACCAACCAAUGAUGAAAUUUGUUUGAUUGUUCCCCAACAAGAUAAUAAAAAGUCAAAUAGACGGAAGAAAGUGAACAUCGACAAGAAGUUUUUGAAGCAAAAAACGCAUAUGGCGAGUAACGAAGACGAGCAGCUGACAUGUGUGAAAGCUUUAGAAUGUUUAAGAUUCAUUUUAAUCUCACAAGGAGCUAUAAUGAAGCCAACAUUGUUUUAUAUCAUGCAAGAGAAGAUAUUAGCGAUUGGAUUUUCAAUUUCAUCGACCAUUCAACAAGAUGGUGACUUGUAUCGCGAUCCAUCAUGUCGAUCAAGACUCUCAGACCUCAUCACUUCAAUGAUGACUCAUCCAGUUCAAAAAAUACCAACUCUUAUUAACUAUUGUAUCGCUUUAUUGACAAAAAUUAAACAAACUGAUUCCGAUGCAAAAGUUCGUGAGAAUGCUGAAAGAAAUCUUUACACGGCUGAGACGACAAUUCAUAAUAGAAAAGAUGUUUUCUAUUUCCCAAUUGAUUAUCGAGAGUUUCGUGACACUUUGAUGUUUAACAAACAAAUAAUAAAGAAGUUUAAUGAACCAGUUGUGACAAUUGAAAAGGUAAACAAUGAAGAGAGUAAUGAUGUGAAUGAAAAUAUUGAGAAUGAAGAAGAUGAUGAGAAACAAGAAUCGAUCUCAGUUGCUGAAGGAAAUGAGAUAUCUGAAGAGGAAGUUCUGGAGGAAUCAUCAAGUGAAGAAGAAUCUCCAAUCAUUGAACCGCUAUCGACUAAGACGACAAAUCCAUCAAGCGAGAAAGUCACUGAAAAUAAAAGGCCAUCGACAGCGGAAGAUUCUCACACCACCGAGAAGAAGCAGAAAAUUUCCAAUGGGAAAGAAGAAGAACUUCUUGAAGAAUACCUUGCAGAUUUCACUGACGACAUGUGAACGAAAGAAAUUCUUAUAAAUAAAACAUGAAAUAUUUCUACUCAAA